AUGGUUUUUUGUCGUCCAUGGGUCUUACAUUUAGAAAGAUUUCCAAAACAAUAUGGCACGCUAUUCACGCGUCCUUUUAUGAGUCGAAAGAACAGCGGCAGCGUGACAUUUUAUACGUAUAAAAGAGAAAUUUCAACGGCUCGACAUUUAAGUUCAGCCUGUUUAAAGCAAGGCUCUUUCUCAAAUUAUUCUUUCAAGUUUUUUGUGUUUGCUUUUCGUCGUCACUAUGUUGUGAAAACUGGUAAUGAAAAAAACAACCUUGACGAAUUUGACCUUGAGAACAUGGGAAAUCUUAACGAAGCCCUAAAAGAACCUCGAGGAGAAAAACUUGAGAACGCAUAUAAUAAUGACAAUAUUGAUUCAAAUAAUUUAAAUAGAUCGUUGAAUGCUACAGCGUCCAUAGACCAUAUAUCGCGAAAUAUUGAUACGCAAAACCAAAAUUUGUCGGAAUCUUAUGAUCAAAUCAUCCUUGAAAGUUUUUCUGCAUAUAUUCAGAAAGGAGAUCAACAAGAAGCAAAGAAUCUGCUAAGAACCAAUAAAAUAAGAAUAGGUUACAGACAGAUACCGGAAUUUUUGGAAAAGUUGAAACCGUUUCUACCUGAGCCCGAAUUAAUAAAGACUGCUAAUUCGAUUCUAUUAGGAAAUUUAUAUCCGCUACAUAAUGACAUGAUACAUAUGCAAGAACUUUGGAAAAGUAUGGAAUACCAAGAGAUCAUUAAUAUCUAUCGAAAUAAACUCCAAACAAUUCAAACGCCAUUAUCAGAGACUCAUUUGCUAGUUAUACUUGCAGCAUUUGUAAAAAGCAAAGAUUUGAAAGGCGCCCACGAAUUUAUCAAAGAACAAAACAUCAACACGAGUCAAAUUGACCAGUUGAUAUAUCUUAGUCUCUCAAAAUAUCUGAACCCGCAAGAACUGGAAAAUUUGAAAAGGUUUAUCGCAAACAUUACAAGAGAAUCAGUCACUAAACUUAAGCCCAACACACCAGAGUUCUCUUUUACGUUAACACGGGUAUUCAAAGCUAAUAACUGGCAAUUAGCAUUAAAUAUUUAUGAUGACCUCGUUAAAAACGGGACUAAAUUGAAUGAAUUUACUUACGCUACUUUCCUUAAAGGGUUUUUGAUGAUUGAUCGAUUCGACGAAGCAAUGAUGAUCUGGAAAGAUUUGGUGAAUUCCGGGCAGAAACCUAGUGCAGUUUUGUAUAAUUCUGUGAUUAUAGGUUUCGCGAGACGAAGAAAUACCGCGAUUGUUGAAAAAUUAUGGAAUAGUAUGUUAAAAGAUAAUAUUAAACCGGAUGCACACUCAUAUUCUGCGAUUAUUGAAUGCUACUUUCGAAGUCGAGAAACUAAGAAAGCGGCUGAACUUUAUUUGCAGAUGUCUAAAGCGAAAAUUCAAAUGGAUAUUCAUGGCUAUAAUCGAAUUAUCAAUGGACUAUUGUGGAAUAAUCUACCGGACACCGCUUUAGAUCUGUACAAAGCAAUGCAGAAAGGAUCCGUACCUCCAAACAUAGUCACAUACAAUACUCUAAUUCGUGGUUUGAUGUAUGCAAAAAGAUGGCAGGAGCUAAUCGAGGUCAUAAAAGAUAUGCGAAAAGCCAAACACACGAUGGACGCAAUCACGUUAACCACAUUUCUCGAAAGAUUUUUCGCUAUAGGUGAUGUCGAGAGCGCGAAAAGUAUAAUACCACUGUUUGCUCUUGCUGGCGUUCAACCUACCGCGGUCACUUAUGGUGCAUUAAUUAGUGGCCUUAUACGGUGUCGGGAUUUCGAUGGCGCUCAAAAAGCGCUCGAAGAAAUGAUUGAGCAAGGGCUAUACCCCGGCAUUCAAGUACUAACAAAUAUGAUACAGGGUCUAAUAGCCCGAGGAAAAAUCAAUACCGCUGAAAAUUUGUAUAAUACGCUGUAUUUGACACCAAACAACGCCGUGUUAAAUAUAAUGAUUGCUGGAUACAUGGAUGCUGGGGAUCCGAAAAAGGCCAUGACCUAUUUUGACAGGAUGUUAAAGUUGCGUAUAAAACCCACAAAAGACACUUAUUUUAUCGUGAUUAAUGGAUUGAUGAUGUAUAAUGAAUGGGAGAUGGCGUAUAAAAUAUACGAUCAAAUGAUUGAAGAUGGAUUUAGAGCUGAAACGGGCGCGUUGUCACGAUUGUGUGAACAGUUAUUGAUACGUAGAAAUAUG